UACGUCACAGCAGGGCCGUACCAUUCGGAAGAUUCCGGGGUUUCGUACGCGAGUUCUUAUGUUUUGCAGCAACUACACUUAUUUGAUUGUUGAAACCAAGUGAUCAGACUCGUCGUUUUGACAUAAUUGAGAUCAAUGAAUAUAUAAUAAUUCCUAUAUACAUACCUCGCACAAGGCCCAGUUUGGCGUUGUUGCUAUGGUGACCAGAUGACGCUGCGAAACCUCAAACACUCAGUGCGCGUGUUGUUGGUUUGCUGGAAUAAUGAAUUAAUCUGUAGACUACACUUUCGACCCCCCAAAGUUUAAUAUUAUUUAUCUGAAUCAGCUUUUGUUUGAUCGUUAAUGUAUUUGACAGUGGACGCAAUUCUCACAGAAUAUGUGUUUGUUUAAUGGUAUUAUGGGUCGUUAAAAGGGAUUUCGCUUUUGUUGACAACAAUGGCUUUUUAUGACGUUUACUCCCACCCCGCUUUAAUAAGACACAGAACAUCUGUUUGCACGAGAGCAACACUGUUUCUCUGUCUGUUAUUAUGCCUCACGUAUAUUUAAUCUCUUCUGGUGGCUUACAGAAGUCAAGGCUUCUGGCUGAAGAGGAGCACAUAUGAAGAACAACCGGUCAUUCAGUUCCAGUAUGACAUGAUUGUGAUCGGAGCCACAGACACAGCAGGCAGUUAUAUAGCAUGGAGCACAUUUCCCAAUUUUAAUCGAUUGAUCGGAAAUAGUUUACGCAUCCCAUCUGUCUCUGUCCAGGAGGAGGACAGAAACCAGGAUGGGAAAUCUGACUUCCUCGUGCUCCAGAUCAACAUCCCACUCAAGCCAGAAGAACAGAUGUUUGGCGUUCAGCUCCUCCUUACCUUCUCAUACCAGCUGUUUCGAAUGUAUACGGUUGUGAUGCAGACGCUUGCCUUUGUGCAGCAUUCCUCGCCUGUCCCAGGAUCUCAGCUCUUCAUCUGUGGAGACCUGAAGUUAAACCAGCGAACUCCUCUUCCACACCGAGGCUUACAUAGUACCUACAAUGUAUCAGUGAUCAAUGGAUCCAGUCCGUUUGCGAGUACAUAUGACCUGACCAACAUCAUUAGACUCUACCAGCAGAGAAACCUGACGACUCAUCUCUCCGGAGUCAUUCCCGUCUGGACGCUGGGCAGAGCUGUAAAAUCUCCAUUCCAGAUCAGCGCACAGAUCAACUAUCCAGAAGAAACUAUUACCUAUCGGCCGGGCUUUUGCGAAACCAUCAAGUUUGCCUGGAUUCAGUAUGUCAGCGUCCUGCUCAUCUUUCUUUGGGUUUUCCAGCACAUUCAAACAUUUGUCUUUCAAAACCAGGUUUUACCAGCCACCGCAGUAGCGCCAUUUAAACAACACAGCUCCUGACAUCUUUUGUGUGCUUUUAUUUAUAUUAAUUAUGCAGUUAUGAGGACCUUCAUUUGUUUUUGAGGACUUGUGUUUGCUAAAGUUUUCCUAUAUACAAACUGUAGCUCUCUUUGUUUAGUUCAAGUGCAUUCAUAAGAAACUCCCACCAGGAUGCGUGUGGAAUCACUGGUUUUACUGGUUUUAAAGUACUUCAUGUUUCACCAAAUGUGAUAAACAUCAUCUGGAAGAUUAUUUUCAGUAAAAAGAAAACACAUGGAAUACCUGUCAAUAAAAUGGUGUUAAACUAAUGUUGACUCAAACCAAACAGAAGCACAUCAUAUGUUUCCCAGGAAACACACGUACUUAUCUUGUCUUGGUUGGUUCUCACCAAUGAGAUCAAGCAAAUCUGGCACCAUGGACAGCAGUGUUUUCUUGUUUCAUUCGUCCAUAAUGUACCACAUGUAGCGCUUUAUGAAUCUGUGAAUUUAUAGUUAUAUCUAUCAUAGAUUUAGUUGGUGUAUAUUCACUCUUUAGGAAACUCAGAUAUAGCUAUGUUAGUUGGAAAACAAUGUGUGUCUUGUGUAGUGUACAGAAUUGUAGUUUUUUUUAAGUAAACAUAGGUGCAUCACACCUGUGCACGUUUAAAUGAGCUUUGUAUUAUUCCUUACACAAUGGAGUAGUGGCAGUGCUGUAUAAAGUACUCAAGACAGCCAUACUCAAAUAAAAUAAGUAUAAUUCUCAAACCAGAAAAUAACUUUGGUAAAAGUUGAAGUCACUGUUUCUAAUAUUACCUGAAUAAAAGUCUUAAAGUAUGUGA